CGGUGAGUGCCUAUCAGCGGUCUACGGGUGGAAAGUUCCGAUUUUGCUUCGCAGUUAUAGUUUGUUGUAGCGAAUCGAGCGGACGAAUUUUUAGUUGUGCGAUCAAAGCGGUGCGAGUUGAACGUGGUCAAGCCUGGAUUAAAGUGUCCCGAUGACGAUGAUAUUUCGCAGAGCUUUGGGUUUCACCGCUUGCGUCAUACUCUACUGUCAGCUCUGCUCGGCGCUACCGUUCCCCGAGGGAUCGUCCGGUUCAAGGUCGCUGUUCAAACGACAGACAACCGGGACCAGUGAUAUUAGUAAUCCGCCUAAAAUCAAGAAUGAGGUAGCAGCGUUUCUCGAGAGUGGACGGAUGAACAACGAUUACGUGUGGGUGGACGUUACGACGAAGGCAUUUGUGGCGGUUCCCGGGAAUGAUCUGGAGUUCGGAGACUGUUCCGAUACCGAUGAGCUGAUUUAUUUUGACAACACUGUAAUAGAAAAUUCUGGACCAAGCAUCUUGAAUGGCACUUUGGAGAUCUACAUCGAUGCUCCGGUCAACAUUACGUGCGUGCGAGUGGUAGAUCAAAUCCAGGAUGGCACCGGAGGCGUCCCGACGUACAAUUCGAUGGGCUCAAACUGGGCUAAAAUUGAUGUGGCCGGCCAAUAUGGCAAAGACUUCCACUUCCACAUUCUUGUUUACGGAAUCCGGCUUAAAAAGAGCGCUUUGGAUAAGCAGAAAGAGAGCAAUGACAGUCAGUACAAUUUAGUUUAGAUACUUUUUAAAUCGUAGAUUCAAUUUAGUAGUUAUACCCAAAUGAUUAUUUUUGUAGAUCUCGUGAACGUAUAAAGUUUAUGUACAAAAUAUAAGAAUCCUGAUAUUUUGAAA